AUGAACUUUUUUAGUAAUAAUUUUGGUACACCAUGCAAUGUUGAAUUUGAAUUGGAUAACUGCCAAAACAGAAAGACCAUAGAAGUUACCCAAGAUAAAGGUAAAACUGAAAAGUUAUUUGUUUUCAUUGGUAACGAACCAGUGUCUGGUAAAGUUUCAAUCAAUAUCAAAGAAAAAACAAAGAAAAUUGAACAUACAGGUAUUAGAGUUGAAUUUGUAGGUCAAAUUGAAUUAUUUUAUGAUAGAGGUAAUCAUUAUGAAUUUACAUCAUUAGUACGUGAAUUAGCACCAGCAGGAGAAUUAACAGAAAACAAAACAUUUUCAUAUGAUUUUUCAAAUGUUGAAAAACAAUAUGAAUCAUAUAAUGGUACCAACGUUCGUCUUAGAUAUUUUGUUAGAUUAACAAUUGGAAGAUCAUUUGCCUCGAACAUUGUAAAGGAAUACGAUAUUUGGGUAAUCAAUUUUGUAAAACCACCCGAAAGUAACAGUAAUAUUAAGAUGGAAGUAGGUAUCGAAGAUUGUCUUCACAUUGAAUUCGAAUACAACAAAUCAAAAUACCAUUUGAAGGAUGUUAUCAUUGGUAAAAUUUAUUUCCUUUUAGUUAGAAUUAAAAUCAAAUAUAUGGAAAUUGCACUCAUUAAAAGAGAAUCAACUGGUUCAGGUCCAAACGUUUUUAAUGAAAGUGAAACUUUAACUAAAUUUGAAAUUAUGGAUGGUGCACCAGUUAGAGGUGAAUCUAUUCCUGUUAGACUUUUCUUAUCAGUAUUUGAUCUCACACCAACCUAUAGAAGUGUACAUAAUAAGUUUUCUGUUAAAUAUUUCCUCAAUCUUGCACUUGUUGAUGAAGAUGAUAAAAAAUACUUUAAACAACAAGAAAUUACACUUUGGAGAAGAGGUGUAACUAAACCAGGCUUACCUGGCUCAACUAACAACAACAAUAACAACAAUACUUCAAACACCAACAAUACCAAUACACCACAACAAAAAGUAACCGAAUCUCAAAAUGAAGUACCAGAACCAGAAAAUAACUCUUCCGAUGAAAGUGAUUAA